AUGAAUUUCUCAGGUCUCUUGUUAUACUUGCUUUCGAUUUCUGUCUCCCUGCUGCAUGUGCAUGCCUUGUCAAUAGCCAGAAGCCCAAUCCGCCACGCCUCCCUCAUCCAGGACCUACACUUUUCUCAAAGUCCCAAAAGCCUUGACGCCUCCUCAAAUUUCCAAGUCGAAUUCACUAUAUCAAAAGAACAACAGAGGAUCCAACUAAACCUGCAGCCAAGCCGCAACGUCAUCUCACGUCUCACAGACGUUCGACAUGUUGGACCCGACGGGACUAGCGGCUUGUCAAACACGAUCAUAGGACGAGGCUCGCCGCUCCUGUACAAGGGAGACGCCUUUAUUUCCGAUGUUGAGAAGCAGACAUGGAGGAAAGUAGGCUGGUCCCGGAUUAUGGUUCGUUCUCGGAACGGCCGAUAUCUGCUUGAAGGUGUCUUUAACCUUGACGGCGAUUACCACCACAUCUCGCCCAGCUCGAACCUCCGCAAUAAGCAGUUCAAACUGGACGGCAAAUUACCUGCGACGGACGCUCCGUACAUGGUGGUCUGGAAAGAGUCGGAUAAUGUCGAGCAGGACGGAGGCAUCUUUCAACGAUCGUUGUCCAACGCAUCGAUAUGUGGCACUCAGAGUUUGGACCGUCGUUCGUUUUCUCUGGAUCUGGAUGACCGAGACCAAAAACGAGACACGCCACGUUAUGGAUUCGUCGAGCGUGUGCGUCGACAAAACGGAAUUGGCCAGAUCGACCCGGUGGACGUUAUUGGACAGACGAGCGGGUGUCCAUCGACAAGACGAGUGGCCAUGAUAGGAGUCGCCACGGACUGUUCAUACACGGCCGAGUUUGACUCGCUUGAAGAUGCUCGAGAGAACAUCAUCUCACAAAUCAACAUCGCCUCGCAGGUAUACGAAGACGCCUUCAACAUCUCCCUGGCUAUCCGCAACCUGACCAUCAGCGACUCCUCCUGUCCAUCGACAGGUUCCACCACAACAGCCUGGAACCUCCCCUGUUCGUCAAAUGCCGACAUCUCUAGGCGACUCAGUCUGUUUUCGGAGUGGAGAAGUCAAUUCAGCGAUGAGAACGCCGCAUGGUCCCUGAUGAGCGCCUGCGAGAGUGGCUCAACAGUUGGCAUGGCCUGGAUCGGCAACAUCUGCAGCCGCGGAGGGAGAUCCUGGCGAGGCGGAAGCUCUGUCGCGUCUGCCAACGUUGUCAUUCGUACGGCUGCCGAGUGGCAGGUCUUUGCCCAUGAGCUGGCGCACAACUUUGGAGCUUCUCACGACUGUACGUCCGAGACUUGCAGCGGCGAUUCUCCUGUUGAGGGCUGCUGUCCCCUUAGCAGAUCUACUUGUGAUGCUAGUGGUCAGUACAUCAUGAACCCGCGGAGUGGACGGGAGCUGCGUGAAUUCUCACCUUGUACUAUUGGAACCAUCUGCACAGCGAUUGGAGAUGACUUGAUCGAUACGAGCUGUUUGGUGGACGAAGACGAUGCUCCUGACAUCAACGAGAGUCAGUGUGGAAACGGCAUCGUCGAGCCAGGAGAGGCGUGUGACUGCGGUGGUGAGGAGGGAUGCCCAGAAAACUCAUGCUGUAAUCCCUCAACAUGCCAGCUUCAGAGCGGCGCUGCGUGCGAUCCAGCGACAGAUGCCUGCUGUACAGACCAAUGCCAGGUUGCGUCCAGUGGUCAGGUCUGCCGAGAGAGUACAGGUUCUUGUGAUCCUGAGGAGACGUGCGAUGGAGAGUCGAGCCGAUGUCCCGAAGACGAGCGAGAUGACUCUUGCGGCGAUGACAACGGAGGAGGUGGUUCCGGAGGUCGUGGCGGCGGUAGCGGAGGAGGAAGCGGAAGAAGCUGGUUCGACGAGAACAGAACCGUGGUGAUUGCCGUCGCUGCCUCUGUCGGAGGCGUCAUCGUCGCGCUCAUUCUAGGCUGCUUCAUCGCCUCGUGCGUUCGGAAGAGGAGGAGAAGAGUCGGAAACCGGCUACAGAAGAAUAGUCCUUUUGAUGCGAACAACCCCCCGCCUGUCGCUAUGGGAGAAGCACCGGCCAUGCCGCGGAUGGUGCAUCGUUACAUGUAA